UCAAAAAUCAUCAGAAGCCUGGGCGCGAUGGGGACGAAGCAAAGAGACCUGCACGAGUCGUUCAACCUCGCCGUUCGUUCUCUCCUCGCUCCCUGCUCUUUUCAGGAGUUCUGUGGAGCGCUUCCGGGUUUUACGGCAGCUGAGCACGAACGUCUUCACAGGCUCUUCACCCAGGUCAUGAUUUCUUUGCACCAGAAUGUAGAGGAAGAGUUCCAGAAUGUAUGUGUUGAAACACAGGUUGGAACUGCCAUGUAUACUGUAGAACAACUGGUGGAAGAACAAAGUUUGGAUCCUUUGUUUACAAGUAAGCGGAGGCACAGAAUCAUCUUAAGCGGGAUCGUAAUGAACUAUUAAAGAAAGGAAGGCCAGAAAUGUCGAACGUUGCAAAUGCUGUUGAGAAGUUGAGAAGUGGGAUUUCAAGUUAUAGAACAUAUCGCAGCAAUGGGUCCAUAGUCCAUGAUCCAUGACUGCUGUCAGCAUAUUGCGAUAACUUUUGAGUUAAAACAUUAAUUGUUCGUUUGACAUGUACUUCCAUGUAAUCAGAAUGCUCAAGGUUUAAUUGUAAUAUAGCUCUAAAAUGCAGUCGUAGAAUUUUGUAAAAUUAUUUUUU